UUUAAACUCACUUGACCCCCAGUGGGUUCAUGAUACGCGUUGCCCGACAAGCCUAGGAGAUACCACCACCACACACCCAGGGUUAAUACCUAGGGCCUUUCAGCCUAUUUUUGUUUGUAUUUGACGGGGAGCUUCCGUUAAGCGCGCUUCACAAUGUCACACGGCACCGGACAUGGCGAGUAUCGGCUGGGAGCGGACGUAGGAGGCACCUUUACUGAUAUCUGUGCCUUUACACCUGACGGGCAGAUUGUACGAGCCAAGGUACCAACUACCGUCGAGGACCAAAGUAUUGGUAUCAAGAAUGGAAUCCAGAAGGUCCGGCGACAGCUGAAGGAGCGCUAUUCAUGGGACGGAAAGUUCCAGUUCAUCCACCAUGGCACAACAACCGCCACAAACGCUGUUCUAGAGGGCAAAGGAGCUCGCACGGGCCUAAUUGUCACUGCAGGCCAUAAAGAUAUCUUGGCUGUUCGCCGGUCCCAAAUUCCCGGUGGUCUCGGUGCCUGGUUACAUUAUACACCUCCGGAGCCGAUAGUACCACUGGAGCGUGUGAUCCAAUGCCAGGAGCGUAUGUCAGUUAAUGGAGAAACGGUUAUCGCGGUGAAUACGGAAGCACUACGUGCUGAGUUGAAGGCAUGGACGAAAGAUCGACCGGAGGCUGUGGCAGUCUCGCUACUCAAUUCCCACUGUAACAGUGAGCAUGAAUCGCUAGUGGCAGAUAUUGUGCGGGAAGAACUUGGAUCCCAUGUUACUAUUAUCUCCUCCAGCGAUGUGCUUCGGGAGGUUGGAGAGUACGAGCGAACUGUCACGACGUGUACCAACGCACUCGUUAAGCCAGUUGUCCAGAGCUAUCUGGGCAAUCUGCGGGACUUGCUUGCAGAGGAUGGAAAUACGAUUCGUAUCCUCAAGUCUGACGGUGGCCUGACCAGUUUGGAUCUGGCGGGACAGCUUCCUGUCAAUAUCCUGAUGUCUGGCCCCGCAGGAGGUGUCCAAGGUGUUGCAGACGUUGUGACUCGCAACACACCGUACAAGAAUCUGAUCACAUUCGAUAUGGGUGGAACAUCAACAGACUGCGCUUUGAUCUAUCAAGGGAAGCCCCGUCUUCGCCGCGAGACAGUCGUCGGGGAACUAACGGUUCGUUCACCCGCCGUGGACAUCCGGACAGUCGGAGCUGGAGGAGGGUCCAUUGCGAAAUACAUGGACAUCACUGAAACAAUGAGAGUGGGACCAGAGAGUGCAGGGGCAAGCCCCGGCCCUGCCUGUUACCGCAAAGGAGGUGCUGAAGCCACCGUCACUGAUGCGAAUCUGGUUCUGGGAUAUCUUCCAGAAAAGCUGCUGGGAGGUGAAUUCACACUAGAUGUAGAGGCUGCAUUUGCCGCAGUCGAUGGAAUUGCUUCCCAAAUGAAGCUUAGCGUCACACAAACUGCCGAAGACAUCAUUAACCUGGUUAAUGAGACCAUGUACGGAGCAUUGCGUUUGGUGUCCGUGGAACAGGGCUACAAUCCUAAGGACUUCGCCCUUGUUGCGUUUGGAGGUGCUGGCCCACUGCAUGCCAACGCGAUCGGAAAGCUUCUUGGAGCAUGGCCAGUCAUCGUCCCUCCCUCUCCAGGUACUCUAUGCGCGUUGGGUGAUGCUACCACCCGACUGAGCCAUUCUCAGUCCUCGUCUUACAUCAAAUUACUCUCCAUGACACUGCCCGAGGAGGUCAAGGAGCGGUUUAACGAACUCGAGACGGCCUGCAGGGAGACUAUGCAAAGCUCCAAUGGUGGCCAUUCAAUGGAGCUGAACAUCAGCUACCACGUCGACCUCAGAUACAAAGGUCAAGCGUUGAAUCUGACUGUUGAUUUGGAAGCGCAGGACCUCUCCCUUGAUUAUAAACCCUGGAAAGACUUGUUGCAGGCAAGGUUUGACCUGCUUCAUGAACAGCAAUUCAAGUAUUGCCUUCCCAACUUUGAGCUGGAACUUAUGCGCCUUGAGGUCGUCGCUGUUGACGCUACACCAACCAUUGAGCUACCUCAGGUUAGCCAGGACACGCCUAAUGAACCACCGGCUGACGCGAUGGUGGCCAAGAAAAACAUCGUCAUAGACGGUCAGACUCUCGAGGCCACACUCUGGGAUCGUGAGAAGAUUAGCUACCGAGGCGUACGUGUUCAGGGCCCCUGCAUUAUCACAGAGAUGGACAGCAACACACUCAUUCUUCCAGGAUGUUACGGAGAGAUAGACGCUAUUGGUAACAUUCUUAUACAUCCAACCGAUAAUCGGCAGAAAGAGCAGUCGAAGGAUCAAACCGCACGCGAGGCCUUGGAGACAGUUCAAUCUACACCGCUGAUCCCAACUCUUGUAGCAUCUGCUUUAGCAUCCAUCCGGAGUGAGAUGGACACACUGAUGCUCCGUUGCAGCAUGUCACCAGCGAUUCGCGAACAGCAAGAUGAAUUUAACGUGAUCACAACGGCAGACGGGAAGAUGCUUGUGGGUCAAUUCGGUAGCUUUAUCACCCAGUUCCUUGAGGCAUGGAAAGGAACAGUCAAUGAAGGUGAUGUGUUCAUCACGAAUGAUACAUACAUGAUCGAAGGGGCAGUAACGCACUUGAACGAUGUGAUUGUGCUCUUGCCAAUCUUCUUUGAGGGCAGAUUGAUUGGAUGGGCGUCGCAGUUUGGACACUUAACCGACGUAGGAGGCAUGGUUCCGGGCAGCAUGUCGAUCAACGCCACAUCGAUCUUCGACGAUGGUGUUCAGAUCCCCAUCAUCAAGCUCUACUCCGAAGGCGUCAUGAACGCCGACCUAGUUCAAUUGCUCUGCCGCAACUCGCGCCAGCCCGAUUGGUAUCGCUCAGAUUUGAUGGCAAUUAUUGCCGCCUGCCGAACUGCUGAGAGUCGGGUUUGUGAGCUGGCCGGGCGAUUCGGAUCUGAAAUCUACCUUGCCGCCUGUUCUGAACUGCUGCAACGUAACCGCACAGGAAUGGCUAGGAUCAUCGAUACAGAGUUUGAUGAUAAGCCUUGCACUUUUACUGACUUCGUUGACGAUGAUGGUCAUGGUGUUGGCCCCUGGGCCCUAACCUGCACAAUGAAGAAGAUCGAGGGAAAUCGGCUCCUGUUUGACUGGAGCGGAACUUCGCCCCAGAGUGAGCAUAGUAUCAACUUUUAUCUGUCGGAGACGAUGUUCAAGAUGUUCAUCGGUUACUACAUGAUUGCGGCAGCAGCACCUGGUACAGUGAUUAAUGACGGCUUCCAUGACCUCAUCGAUAUUUAUAUCCCUGAGGGCACGGUGCUGAAGCCCGUUAGGCCAGCAGCUAUCUCUUGCCGAACCCACCUUUUGGGAAGAACAAUGGAUGUAAUGCAAGCACUUAUCGGCCAGAAAAACAAGCUCUAUGCAGCAGCGGCAGGUUUCAGUGACUCGCCACAUUUCUUCUACUCCGGAUACAAGCCCAAUGGAGAAUGGUAUCAGUUGUACCAAAUCGGGUUCGGUGGUGUACCUGCUCGGAACGCCGGUGAUGGACUCGACUGCCACUGUCUCUUCCCCGCCAUCAAAUCGAUCCCCACAGAAAGCAUCGAACUUAACUACCCGCUGCGCAUCGAAGCGAACGAGAGUGUCGCAGACAGUGGCGGACCUGGGUAUUAUCGCGGUGGUAACGCGCAACGCACUCUCUACCGGUUCCUCUGCCGUGGAGAAUUCAGUCUGCAUGAUGAUCGUUGGUUCACUAAGCCAUGGGGCAUUCGCGGUGGCAAACCGGGUUCUCGCUCUCGGAAGGUUUUGUACCGGUACUCCAAGUCCCGUGAGAAACCUCCAGUUGAGAUACUCCCCUCGAAGUGCGACCACAUUCGCGUUGAUCCCGACGACUUACUGGAGUGGGUGACGUGGGGAGGUGGUGGACUGGGAGACCCGCUCACUCGACCUGCGGAGAAGGUUGCCUUGGAAGUUCGCCGGCGAUUGGUGACCAUCGACGGAGCCCGAAAGAACUACGGAGUGGUGGUUAGCCCUAGUGACCUUAGUGUAUGCGAGGAGGAAACGGUGGCUUUGAGGAAGAGCCUAAAGAAUGUUCGUGAUACGCUGGGACAGGACUCAGAGUAUGAUAGAGGUGGCUCCUUGGAUGAAUUGAGAGAUUCGUGCCUGAAAGAGACAGGUAUUGCUCCCCCUAGCCCACAAUGGGAGCUGGACCCGUAUGGACCCCAUGUACGGCUCCCUUAUGUCAGGGAUUGGUUUACGCGCAUGAGGGAAGUGAAAGGGUGGACGUUGAAUUGAUCUCAACAUACUCAUACGCAGAUAUACGAGACAUAAAAAUACCGUGCCAGCUGUUUAUUACUGGAACACCAUGAACUGUUUUCAAUUCGGAUAUGCAGAACAUAUCAACACCUGAUAGAUCCCCACUAUUGCGAGAAAGAUUAUGAAUACUGAACCGUAUUAUUUCCUUCUCUCAUA